AUGGAGAACAGGGAGAUAGGCGGAAGAUCGCGUGAUAAUUUUUCCCGAAUAAAGGGUUUAAUCCCACAUUUGACACUGGUCGACACACCGGUUGAACCUGUCUAUCCCACAGUCAAUUAUCUUCAAUGCGCACUCACGACCAAUUCAGAAACACGUGCGGAGAAAAAACGAAUUAAAUCUGUAAAGUCGUCCGUGGCCAGUGAUCUACUUGUGGAUCGUUAUCCGACUAAGCCAAACAGUCGUAGCCCACAUCAACGCUCCAUUCUGCCCUAUCGGCGUGAGACCAAUGAGAAGGCCGUGGUCUACUUGACCGCAACCAGUCUAUUUGAUCGUCCGAAACAGGAAAUGGAUGAUUUGAGCACCGGACAAACCGCGAUUCGAAAAAUUACGCAAGCAUCCGAUUAUAUACCAAAACCUAAACAAGCACAAAAUCGUACCGGACAUAUCUUUCGUGAACCGCUAACCCUUAUCACAUUUCGACCAUUAUUAGCUCCGUUCGUCCCGGAACUUUUACGUUUAUUGGUCAAUUCGGUAGAAACAUAUUGCUAUCAGCAUGAUUGGGCUCUUCUGUUUGAACCGUUAUUGGACUAUUAUGAGGUAGCCAAAAUGGCCUUAACCCGUCUGGUUGCACUUUGGUACGACACGCACGAGAUGCGCCAGAUUAUCAAAACCCUCUCGGUUCCGGUUAAAAUUGUCACUGUUCGCUUAUUUCUGGAUGAGCUGGCUGUGAAACCGCUCCUGUUCAAACGAAAACACGUGAACGAAUUGGUCAAGAUUCCCAUGUUCGAUUUCUUUCUACGACCGCAUCCUCGUGUUCGAGCAAUUGUCCAACGGGCAAUCAUGGCCUCAUCUGCUGUGCAUAAACCCGAACUUCGAGGAUGUGAAUAUGGCGAGGGUAAGACGAUCGAGUCCGCACUGAUCGAGGUUGUGUUAGAGAUCAGUGAUUAUCAUUUUUGGAAUCAUCUGACCUCUCUGAAAAUACGAGCCGCGUUCAAAAAUAUCACGGAAGUUGAACGGGAACAAGUCGCGGUCGAGGAAAAGAUGAAACGGGAAAGUGUACGUCAGUUUUUACCGACUACUGAAGAAAUAGGUAUAACCGAAACGUACUCAGAUCGAUAUUCGGACCCUGGUUACUGUGCUUUUGAAGAUAUAUCGAAACUACACGCGUUCUGUCAACGGGUUAGUGAGGAUGAAGAAGUAAGCUCAUGCAAAUCGAGCAGCCCGGUGUUGUCCUCGGACUCGCAGACUCGAUCAAAAGAGGCCUCCGGGACAGCUGAACAUGAGUAA